AUGGAUUCGGAUGCCCCGAUGGCUUCUCCGGGUGGUGGUCCGUCUUCUGAGUAUCCAGGACCCGUUCCACAACAACACCCUUCCCAUCUUCCUGGCGUUGGGUCCCGACCCACGGUCAGCACCGAUGUGUCCGAUCUCACCCCUCGACCUUCUCCUCGCUCGGGAAUUCUGCGAAGAAACUGUCCUCGACCUCCGCCCAUAAACAUCCCUUUGGUAGAGGAUGACAUCGAAGACGACGAAAAGACCGAGGUCCCUCCCACCUCCCCCGAGUCUCCUGGACUUCCAACUCCCCUUCUUGCCGGGUACCCUGGCCGCGAGAUCUCUGGUGCCAAGUCAGAUGGCCGAGAGUGGGCUUACGACUGGGACUCUCCUCCUGUCUUGCUCUAUCCUGACGACCUCUCCAAGACCGAGUUCCAUGAGCACCCCCUGGCGCGACACAUCGAGCUCGAGAAGGGCUGGGAGCAGGGUCGACUUGCCUUGUACGGCCUCAUCUUGCCAGCCAAGAUCGACAACGGCACUCCCACCUACACUUGGGACUCCGACGAGGAGGAGGAGGAAGAUCGUACCAAGGCCGUCGUUCUGGCAAAGACACCACGCAGAGCGUCUCGACCCCCUCCUCUUCGCACGCCCGUUCCGGCACCCGCCAUCAACACCGAGCGCCAGCGGACCCCCUCCAAGGUUCUUCAAAAGGUCAAGACAUUUGCCAACUUCGUCGCGAAUGCGGACAUGGAGAAGGAGGUCCCUGAGCUGCCAACCCUCAAAGAACUUCUCGACCAGUUCGGCAUGCCCCCCGGAACCCCGGCCGAGUCGGCGCCUAGAACCUUUCUGCGUCCCACCAAGUCGAGCAACUCGCUUCGUCCCAAGACCCCGACGAAGCUUCCAAGUGCGACCAAGCUGCGCAACAAGAGAAGCGCCAUAGGCAUCACCAAGAUACAGAUUUCCGACCCUGUUGCCCCGGAGGAGAUGAAGCGCGUCGGCCAAGAGUUCAGCGAGGCCUCAACCCGCAGCCACCGCCCGAGGACCAAGACUGCAUCCGAGAGUGAUCGAAUCUCGAAUUACGCCGCAUCCCUCCGCAGCCCGUCCAACUUGAUCUCACCCUCCAUCUCGUCCAACAUGCCGCUGUACCUUCUUCAGCCCGCGCAUCCUACCGUUUUCAACGGCACCAACGAGCCUCCCCCCAAGUUCCGUCUCGCUCGUCCCCGACUGGCGCCCAUGGAGUACGCCCGGCAGUAUCUGCUCGCCAAGGCCAAGGCCGAUGAGCAGGGAGAGGAGUGCACAGUCCAGAAGCCGGACACGACGUGGUGUUGGUCGGAGCACUACAAAGAAUUCCUCAUUAUUCCCUCCAUUCCCAAGGGUGUCACCAGAAACUUCCUUCCAGAUGUGGAGGAAACCGACCCUGAAUGGAUCAAGAAGAAGAAACCGGUUGCAGCCACCAAGGACAUGGAUGAGGAGGCUGCAAAGCGACGUUCGUUCCAACCACUUCCUUUGAACUUGGCCCCUUCCUCGCCCCUCCUGCCAGCUCACCUUCGCACAAGCUCACUUGCUUCCACUGCCAGCUCGGACCCCAAGCGCGAUUCGUCCCUCGAUGCAUUCACCCUCGACCUUCCCAGAGCUGCUUCUUCCGACCAUUGCCUUUUGCAGUCAACCAAGGCUCUCAUCACCAACCCGACCGCUUCGAUUCCUCGCGCGAACACUGAUGUCUUUGUCGCUGUGAACACAAGCAGCGAGCGUGAGUACAGAAGUUCUUUCACCAGCUCCUUCCCACCCCAUUUCCUUUCAUCCACUUCCCUAGGCAGAGACAGACCCUCCAGACAAUACCAGCAUCCACCUCUGCUGGCAUCCGAACGGGACUCAAGUGCUGCACCUCCCACCCAUGCCUUCACAGCUACACUUGCUGACCACCAACCUGUUCAUCCUCCUGUUCAUGAACAACAACUCACCCCCAGAUCGGCCACCUUGAACGAUGUUCCCCAUGACUUCCCAUUCGCUCGGCCGCCCUCGGUCGCCGCCUUGCGGAGGGCAGUUAGCCCGGCGGUCUUCACACCUUUCUCGACUCAAGAUGUGCCUGCUACCUCUCCUGACCAGGACUCUCUCGACGAAGACGACGCGCGCAGCGAAGUCACCGCAGUGUACCGCCCAGAAUCUGCACUCUCCUCUUGUACUGUCAUUGGCCCCAGCUCACCUGUUCCCAGUACUGCUGACCGCAAUGAGAAUGAUAUCUCACCCAAUAGUAUCAAUUACGAUGAGUCCAACUUACCUCCUGCGCCGGUCUCCCCUUUGAGUAGUUCCCCAGCUACUCCGCAGAUGAGAACAUUUGCACCACUGCAAGACACUCGGACUCGCGAUACAUGGGAUGACGCUCUGACCCGGCGGUCCAGUGACGAGACAGUCCAGCAAAGUAUCGCCGACGAAGGAGUUGACUGUAUCGACUUUGCAGACACUUCAUCAGUUUACUCACAAGACAGUGUGCUCACCGCAAUCCACCGCCCUGCUGCUGGUCGUCGCCCUACUCCCCCGGACUUCAUGCCCCAGUCUGAGAGUGCUGUUGAGCAGGAAGAGGACUUGACCCCGCAACAGCUGCGUGAACCUUCAUCUGCCGAGGCUCAAGCGCAGCCCGGAACCUUGGAGAACUCAACCACCAUCCUUCGCCCGGUGUCUUAUGUACCCAACACUGAAGUGGCCCAGACUUACACUGCCAGUGAGGCAUCGCAGGAAUACCAGAACGAUCGUCGCUCCAGGGCUUCUACGCUUACUGUUGACAGCAGCUACACUCAUCGCAUGCCCAGCCAGGAUGGCCGCGCCUCCAGAACCUACGAGUCUCGCAUGGAAGCCGACCUCCGUCGCAUGCGGACUGAGGAGAGGCAGAACAUGGGUCGCGCCUCGUUUACCAACACAGAUGGCCGUCAGUACGAGGAUACCCAGAGAGUCAAGCCUCGUGGUACGCGGGCCUCACAUGCUGGCAACUCGCAAGACGCCGCAUCGGUUGCUUCAGUAGCAUCUUCAUCCACGUCUCAACGCGAUCGCUACUCCACAUUCUCUGAUGCCGCAUCUGCUUCAACAUCGGAGUCGCGCCGCUCUCAGGCACUCUCCUUCACCUCGGUCGCUUCCUCAGACCGUUCGAUAGCCAGCAAGCCCCGCCGCUCCCGCAUCGACACGCCUCAAGAUGCAGCAGCUCCUCUCCGCGACCCUCGCUUGCCGGCCCUCGACCCGGUCAUACAGUCCCCUUCCCAGUCCCCCGGCCUCAGGAUCUCUGCAACUUCCCCCGCCAUCAACUCCACCGGCCGCCCGCGCAAGUCUUCUCUUCCCAGCAGGCGCGACUCUGCCCAGCAAGGCACCGACUCUGAGCUUCCAUCUCUCAAAGUCCGCAGACGCAGACCAGUAGCCGACUUGGAUCCCCUCCCCGCCUCCCAGGCCUACCCGCAACCUCUGCGCUUCAGCUCCCUCAAGAGUCACCCUCCCGGCGCCGUCCCAGGCCAACCCAGCGCCAACAUCACUCGCUCUUCUUCGCGACUCAUCACCGACAUUGGCAAAGAGCUCGACCGCGAGAUGAAGGACAUGCUCUCGCCGCGCACCGCUGAUCUUGUCGCCCAAGAAGCCCAAGAAGAAUCCCUGGAGGAGAGCAACGUCGAGACGCCCACCCGUCGCCCGCCUCGUCAAGUGCGCUCCAUGAGAUCGCUCCAACGUUUCGACGCGCCCAGCAUGCCGGCGCCCAGCAAGCCGCUGCCGUCGAUCCCGCAGCCCAAGACGCGCUCAGAGGCUCCCAGCCGCCCGCAGACUUCCGGCCCUGCCUUUGUCGACGUUGACUUUGGCCCCGGCCCUGUUGUUUCGCGUGCUCACCCUCCUCUUCCUCCCAUCCCGCCUCCCCGCGUCGCUUCUGCCCCCCGUCCGCCUAUUCCUACGGUUACUCCCCUCGUCUCGCCGACGAUCCCUCCUUCCCCGUCCACCGGCUCUGUGUCCGUCACCCACAACGACUUCUCGGUUAAGAAGGACCGUACGAUCCGGCCUGCUGCCUCGGUCGCGGCUUUCGGUUAUCGUUCCACUCCGACGGUGGACCCCAUGCCAGCCCGUCAGGUUCGCCGCUUGGAGUCAACUGCCAACCUGCAGCCGCCUCCCGUGCCCCCGGCUCCGCCUGUCCCCACGUCGGCGCGUACCCGCAUCCUGGGCAAGAUGGCGUCCAUGGCCGAGCUCAAGCACCGGCGGGAGGUGGCCAGCUCCGCAAGUGGCGGCAGCAGUGAGGAGGCCGUUGGUAUGCGGACCUUCCUUGGGGAGGACGUUGCCCCGGCUGCUGCGCCCUCCAAGACGGAGAACAGCAGGAAGAAGUUCUUUGGUGGAUUGUUCCGGAGAAAGAAGGACGGCGAGAAGUGA